ACGGCAUGGCGCGAGCAGACCUUGGCUUCCUUGCGUCAUGACGAGUGGAUAUACUCUGGCAAGUACUAGUCCCCAGCACCGCGUAGAGGUGGCUGCCCAUAGCUGGGGUGUCUCAGAACGGGGUUCUAAGAACAGAAAGAACCUGUUCAUCUGGGAACGGUCCAGGGCACAGGUGAUACGACAUGGGGCCCAAUGGCCAUGAAGGGGAUAUCUCCGGAGAGAUUGAUACU